UUAGAGUUGAUUUUUGGUGAGUACAGGGGGAGCUCAUAUACAGCACUUUAGUUAGCUUUUACUCAUAAUAUCAAAAUAUCCAUGGGCAGUUCAGGGGGGUGGAGGUGGUGGGCUUGGGGUGUGGUGAGUCUAGUGAUGGCAGUGGCGAGUAGUGGGAUGAGAGGGGCAGACGCAGCCCGAGCAUUCUUCGUGUUUGGGGACUCACUGGUGGACAAUGGCAACAACAACUACUUGGCCACCUCGGCUCGAGCUGACUCUCCGCCUUACGGCAUUGAUUAUCCCACUCGCAGACCCACCGGCCGUUUCUCCAAUGGCCUCAACAUUCCUGACUUUAUCAGUCGGGAGCUUGGAGCAGAAUCCACGUUGCCGUAUUUAAGCCCAGAGCUCACCGGACAAAGACUGCUUGUGGGCGCCAACUUUGCUUCUGCUGGAAUCGGCAUCCUCAACGACACUGGAAUACAGUUCGUGAACAUAAUAAGAAUAUACAGGCAGCUAGAGUACUUCCAGGAGUACCAGCGAAGGCUGAGCGCCCUGGUUGGGAAGGAGCGGGCGCAGCGUUUAGUCACUGGAUCACUUGUCCUUAUCACUCUGGGAGGCAACGACUUUGUGAAUAACUACUACCUGGUCCCUUUCUCUGCCAGAUCCCGCCAGUUCGCCCUGCCCGACUACGUCAAGUAUUUAAUCUCUGAAUACAAGAAGAUCCUCAGGAGGCUAUAUGAUCUGGGACCGCGGAGGGUGCUGGUGACGGGGACGGGGCCGCUGGGGUGUGUGCCGGCGGAAUUAGCGAUGCGAGGCAGGAACGGGGAAUGCUCGGAGGAGCUGCAAAGGGCGGGCUCACUGUUUAACCCUCAGCUUGUUCAGAUGCUGGCUCAGCUUAACAGCGAGGUCGGUUCCGACGUCUUCAUCGGCGCCAACACCCGGCAAAUGAGCAAUGAUUUCGUCUCUAAUCCCAGAGCCUUCGGAUUUAUAACAUCGAAAGUGGCGUGCUGCGGUCAAGGGCCCUAUAAUGGGCUGGGAUUGUGCACGGUGGCAUCCAACCUGUGUCCCAACAGGGACGUCUACGCCUUCUGGGACCCCUUCCACCCAUCGGAGAGGGCCAACGGCUUGAUUGUGCAGCAGAUCAUGAGCGGCCCCACCGAGUAUAUGUACCCCAUGAAUCUCAGCACCGCCUUGGCCUUGGAUCGCGCUCUGGCUUCCUCCCUCAAUUAAUCUCCCCGGCCAAUGCGAAUUCCUAUUUAAUUAUUAUUAUUACGUCUUCAUUUUCUCAUUAGUGUUACCUGCCGCCUAUACUCUCCAUAUCCAUAUGUGUACUGCAAUAUGUGUGAUCUCUCUCAAUCUUGUUGUGUUCCUCUCUACAUAUCUAAAACUGCCAAAUAAAUCAUUAUACUUUUUUUUCCCAUUCA